AUGUCAGUGGCCAACGACUCCCACUUUGACUUCAUCGUUGUCGGCGGCGGCACUGCAGGCAACUGCAUCGCUGGUCGACUGGCCGAAAACCCCAACGUCAAAGUCCUCGUCAUCGAGGCCGGCGUGGCCAACUCGCACGAGAUCGAGGAUAUCACGACCCCGUCCAAGGCGUUCGGGCUGCGCGGCAGCCAGUACGACUGGGCGUACAAGACCACCAUGAUCAAGCGCGACGACUACGAGCGCGUGGAGAAGCCCAACACGCGCGGCAAGGCGCUGGGCGGCAGCUCGACUGCCAACUACUUCACCUGGAUCCCCGGCUCGGCGGCCACCUUUGAUGAUUGGGAGCCGUAUGGCGGCCGCGACUGGACCUGGCAGGGCUGCGUCGAGUAUCUACGCAAAUGCGCCACCUACCACGAUGACGAAGGGCUGUACCCGCGCGAGCUGCAGCAAAUCGGUCACGGUGGGCCCGUGCAAAUCUCCCACGCCGAAUUAGUGCCGGAGCUGCACACCUUCCGCGACGCCCUGGCCCAGGCCUGGGUGUCCAAGGGCGAACCCCUCACUGAGGACAUCUACUCGGGCCACAUGCACGGACUGACCCACUGUGUCGACUCCAUUUACAAGGGUGAGCGCCAGGGCAGCUACGUCUACCUCUUCAAUCGCCCCAACGUCACCGUCCUCUCCGGUGCGCACUCCAAACGCCUCCUCAUCGACCCGGCCACGCGCGUCUGCUCGGGCGUCGAGGUCCUCCUCCCUGCCACCCACUCCACCCUCCGCCUCCAUGCCACCCGCGAGGUCAUCCUCUCGCAAGGAGUGUUCGAGACCCCGAAGCUCCUGAUGCUCAGCGGCGUCGGCCCGCGCUCCGAGCUCAGCAAGCACCACAUCGACCUCAUUGUCGACUCCCCGCACGUCGGUCAACACCUCCUCGACCACCCCAUCGUCCCCUUUGUGUUGCGUCUCAAGGACGGCCUUACCCUCGACGACCACCUCCUGCGGUCCGGUCCCGCCCACGACGCCGCCGUCUCCGCCUACCGCCGCAACCGCACCGGCCCCGUCAGCUCUGGGCUGCUGGAGCUGGUCGGCUUCCCGCGCAUCGACGCCCGCCUCCACCAAUCCCCGGCCUACCGCAAGGCCAAAGCCGCCAACGGGGGCCGAGACCCGUUUGGUCCCGCCGGCCAACCGCACUUCGAGCUCGACUUCGUCGGCAUGUUCAGCUCCGCCUUCCAGUGGCACUACCCCGUCCCUCGGGAAGGAAGCUACAUGACGGUGAUUGUGGACCUGCUGCGUCCCGUCAGCGAGGGCGGCGAGGUCACGCUCAACUCGACCGACCCGCUCGUCCAGCCCAACAUCAACCUGAAUUUCUUUGGAAAUGAUCUCGAUAUUGUUGCCAUGCGCGAGGGCGUGCGGUGGACGUACGAUAUGCUCAUGAACGGAGAUGGGUUUAAGGAUUUGGUGCUUGCCGAGUAUCCCUGGGAGAUGCCGUUGCAUUCGGAUGAGGCGAUGGAUCGCGCCGUGUUGGAACGGAGUCAGACUGGUUUCCACCCCUGCGGCACCGCCCGCCUGUCAAAGAGCAUCCAGCAGGGGGUCGUGGAUGCCCGGCUGCGCGUCCACGGGAUCCGUAACCUGCGCGUCGCCGAUGCCUCGGUCAUUCCCGUCAUUCCGGAUUGUCGCAUUCAGAAUUCCGUGUAUAUGAUUGGCGAGAAGGGCGCCGAUCUGAUAAAGGCGGAUCAUCGCGAUCUUUACGAGUCCGAUCUGCUCACCAUGUUCUUCCGAGCCAUCCAAAUAGGGCUGCCCCUCGGAUAUCUCAAUCAGAUCGAGAAGCGACUGGCUGAUACCGAGCAAGCCUUGUUUGAAGCGCUGACAAUAAUGCGCGAGCUCAAUGCCUCCCACGAUAGACCAAUGAUCCGGGCCACUCGCACGUCCCCCGACCUGCGGUCCAAAAGUGCGCGGAUGCAGGAAUGGUCGCGGUCGCCGUUGCGCGACUGGGCGGAGCGCGAACGCUGGUGGGAGGCACAGCGAGACCAGUUCCGGGUGACGCGGACGAUGAUCGGGUCGUCGCCGAGGAUCGAAGCACCGCCGCCGCCCACCAGAUCUGAAAGGCCGCGGAUGGUCGCCGCCCCCAACCUUCCGAGCAGGAGGACCUCUGGGACAGCGGAGUCAGAAUCGUCUCAACAGCAGAGGUCGGAUCGAGCAACGGAAGUGGCCCAGCGAAAUCCUUCGUUAUACUUUUAA